AAUCUGAAUUUGCAGGAUGGCAGAUGGAUAUCCACAAAAAGCACCUAUAUUUUCCUUAUUGACAAGUAGUGUUUGAAUGUGUUGAUAUUUUAAUGUAUUAAAAUGGUUUAUGCCAACAUCAAAACAUAGAUGAUGUAUUAAUAUAUUAGUAUGUUGAUGUGAAAAUCCGUAUCCUCCUUAUUAUGAGUACGUAUUUAGACCAACGAUUUGAGAGAGAUUUCCUUAUUUUCUCCACCCAUGUUCCGUUCCCGGAUGGACCAAUAGCAUCCUAUUUUUAUUUUCUUUUUCACAAUUAGAAUUUUCAUAGAGAAGAACAUACAUAAUCAAGGCAAAUUAGGAAAUGACGCAAAUCAUAUAUUGGUAUGAGUAAUGUGUAUUUAGCUUUUCUUAAUCAAGUAAUUCACAUUUUUGAACAGUUAGGAAUGGCAAGUGGUUUGGAGACACUAUGUGGACAAGCCUAUGGAGCACAACAAUAUGAGGAGUUAGGAAUACAAGCUUAUAGAGCCAUGCUAUCUCUUUUUAUUGUUUGCAUUCCUAUAUCCUUUGUAUGGAUCUCACUGGGGAAACUACUUGCACUCAUUGGCCAAGAUCCUUUGAUUUCAGAAGAGGCAGGGAGGUAUGCAUUGUGGCUGAUUCCUGCCCUGUUUGCCUAUGCCAUUACUCAGACUAUGAUGAAGUUUCUUCAAUCUCAAAGCCUGAUUCUUCCUAUGCUUUUGAGUUCUAUUGCCACUCUCUGCUUUCACAUCCCCCUCUGUUUGUUCAUGGUAUUCAAAUCAGGAUUGGGUUUUGUGGGUGCUGCUCUCUCCAUUAGUAUAUCAUAUUGGUUGAAUGUUUUAAUACUCGGAUUGUAUAUUAAGUAUUCAGACUCCUGCAAGGCAACUCGAACUUCAUUUUCUCUUAAGUCUUUUAAACGGAUAAAUGAAUUCUUACGGUUUGCGGUUCCAUCUGCGGUGAUGAUAUGCCUUGAAUGGUGGUCAUUUGAGCUACUUAUCUUGCUUUCUGGUCUGCUGCCGAAUCCACAGUUGGAAACUUCAGUGCUUUCUAUCUGCCUUAAUAGCAUUGCAUUUCUAUACACGAUACCAUACGGGGUUGGUGCAGCAGCAAGUACAAGAAUAUCAAAUGAACUAGGAGCGGGAAAUCCACAUGGCGCUCGUUUAGCUGUUCGAGUUGCGCUGCUAAUCACUGUUGCUGAGGCUCUUACUGUUAGCAUGACAGUGUUUGCCUUGCGCUACAUUUUGGGCUAUGCGUAUAGCAAUGAGAAGGAAGUUGUAGAUUAUGUCACUGGAAUGGCACCUCUCGUUUGCAUCUCAGUAAUUAUGGAUAGCCUUCAAGGGGUUCUAUCAGGUGUUGCUAGAGGUUGUGGAUGGCAACAUGUAGGUGCCUACGUUAAUCUUGGUGCAUUCUAUCUAUUUGGGAUCCCUGUUGCCAUUGUAUUGGCUUUUAUAGUUCACAUGCGAGGGAAAGGCCUUUGGAUUGGAAUUCUCGGAGGAGCUACAAUACAAACAACACUUCUUUUGAUUAUUACAUUUUCUAUAAAUUGGCAACAACAGGCGAGCAAGGCUCACCAGAGAAUUUUUGAAGAACGAUUACGUGUGGAGAAUACUUUGAAGUGAAAUAGAAUUAUUGGGAAUGUUCUUUUACUUCGUUGUUGUUGUUGGGUUUUUUUUUUUUUAUUUUAGUUUGUUCGAAGAUGAAGUUAUGUUAAUGAUCUUUUGGUUUAUUAGCAUUAGAUUCCCUGCAUAGAGUAUUCGUGUCUUACUGAGAAAGUGGGUCCAAAUUUUAGUUCACGUAGAGUAUGUACACAGGUGUGUUGAAACAAUAACACCCUUGUAAUAACUUGUCCUCAUUUCAUAUUAACAAAAAAAGCUAAAGCUACCUCAAGUGGCUUGC